AUGAAUAAAGGAGGAAAAGCAACACAAACAUUGACAGUUGAUCAAAUACCUGCUCAUCAACAUAGUAAGGGCACAUUAAACACUGCGAGCGCAGGUAUUCAUAGCCAUGCUAUCAGCGAUCGAGGGCAUAAUCAUGGCGGUCAGAUUGAUGAAAGGAGAGGCGGUGCUGGUGGAUGGAAUUUGAAAGGCAAUGGUGCUGGUCCAUUUGAUGACUGGGCAGUACAUACAUAUACUAUUCCGAUGGGUACCACUGAAAUAUGGCUCUCGGCUGAUGGUUCUCAUUCACAUUUAAUUGAUGAUUCGAUAUCCUCAACUGGAACAGGAGAACCCCUUAGCAUUAUACCACCUUAUCAAUCAAUUCAUUAUAUUAUUUUCACUGGAGACUAG